AUGGAUGGCGUACAAGUACUGAUCAAUAGGAAUCCCGUGGACCCGAGGGAUAAUUUCGGCAGGACACCACUAUUAUAUGCCGCCAAGAAAGGACAAGAGGCUAUCGUUGAGCUGCUUCUCAGUAAAGCCGACGUUGGUGCUAGAGAUUUGGAUGACCGAACACCGCUUUCGUAUGCUGCCGAGCAAGGGCAUGAGGCUGUUGUCAAGCUGCUCAUUGAUACGGGAAAGGUCGACGUCGAUAAGGGAAAUGUGCAUGGCCGAAUACCGCUUUCGUGGGCCGCCGAGCAAGGGCAUGAGGAUGUUGUUAAGCUGCUUCUCGAUACAGGAAAAGUUAACAUUGAUGAGGCACUCUCGCGGGCUUCUAAGAAAGGGCAUAAGGCUGUCUUCAAGCUGAUUCUCAAAUACAGUAGCUGGUACCGCAGGAGCUCAUCGUUUGCAGCGAGGAUAUAA